CGGAGAGAGAGAGAGAGAAAGGAUAAGAGUUUAAGAUUAAUUCCAGUGUGCUUCUCUCUAACUGUUACGAGUCUGUGACGCUCGCUGGGAUAAGGAAGCAGAGCAAGCAUGUCAAUGUUGUCCAUUCCGUCGCCAAUAUAUGGUUCUUCUCAUUCCUCCCUUUCAAUUUCUCGGCUGCCGUAUUCUUUGACGGCUCAGCCUCUGCAAGUGAGUAGAAGAGCAAAAGUGAGAGGUGUGGUUGUGAUGAGUAUGGAAGCAGGUAUUGGAGUCAUGGCCACCAAAUUGGGUAUGAUGAGCUUCUUCCAACCCGACGGCGAGGUUGUUCCUGUCACUGUCGUUGGCUUCAAAGAAGGGAACAUCGUUACACAGAUCAAAACUGAGGCCACCGAUGGCUACGACUCCGUCCAGGUUGGUUACCGAAGGGUCCGAGACCGCAAAUUGACCAAACCCGAAAUGGGUCAUCUCGAGAAGGUUGGUGCCAUUCCCAUGCGUCAUCUUCAGGAGUUCCGUCUUCAAACCGUUGAUCAAUUCGAGCUUAACCAACGCCUCGUUUUCGAUGAGCUCUUCAAGGAGGGUGAUCUUGUUGAUGUCUCUGGCACCACCAUUGGCAAGGGUUUCCAAGGUGGAAUCAAGCGUCAUAACUUUAGAAGGGGUCCAAUGACCCAUGGUUCGAAGAGUCAUAGACAACUGGGAUCAAUUGGUGCUGGAACCACACCCGGUCGUGUGUACAAGGGAAAGAAGAUGCCCGGAAGGAUGGGAGGGACCAAGAGGAAGAUAAGAAAGCUUAAGAUUGUCAAAAUCGAUAAAGAUCUUAACGUGGUAAUGAUCAAAGGUGCUCUCCCUGGUAAGCCUGGAAAUCUUCUCCGGAUAACUCCAGCCAAGAUUGUGGGCAAGAACAUUCCAAAGAAUUAGCACAUCUUUCCUUUUUGUUCUCACUUCAUGCUGCAUUUCAUUAACUUGUCUGUAAUUGUUGCAUUCCUCUGUUGGCCCUUAGGUGCUACUUUAUGUAUACCUACUACUAUUGCGUUUUCCAAUCCAUUCAAUCAUACUCCACUUUACCAGUUUGGGUUCCGUA